AUGAAUAGUUCGCAACGUAUUCAACCAAUUCUGUAUACAUGUGAUUAUGUUAUCGAGAAUUUAUCACCAGGUAUUUAUUCAGUCUUUGCAUAUGAAGAUUGUGAAGAAGCUGAUGGAUCCUUUGUUUAUCCUCAGAAACAAGCAUUUGGAUGGAGUGCCAGUGAGAUAGGCAGUAAAUGGACUGAACAUACUAUCUACAACUCAAAUACAACUAUUACAAAUGCGAAUAUUAUACUACGCAAACCUCAUUCAUUCUUCUCUGUUGGCUAUCCGAUCAAGACGGACAUUGCGAGAUUUUAUAUAAUCGAUCGAAUUCCUGUAUUACAAUUGAAUGCAACGACACCUGCUGAUCGUGGUUAUUCACAUGGAUAUUUACUAGCUCCUCAUAUACUUGAUUGGUUUUAUUUCUAUUUAUUAGAAGAAAAUUUUCAAUCAAUAACUAAAUAUCAAGAAUUCUAUACAUUGGUGGAUCCAGCUUCAAAUUUUUUUCAUUAUCCUGUCGACUAUUUGCUCGAAAUCGAAGGAAUUCUGAGCGGAAUGCAAGCACGAACAGAUUGUGAUUUAUUUCUCUAUGAAUUAGAUCGAUCUUUUAAUCAAAUUGAUUUACUUGCAAUGAAUUCAUAUAUUGAACGUCGAACGACAAAACCAGAUCUUCGUACAAAUGAUAUGGUAGAAACUUCAACGGUAGCAAUCGAUGGUAUUUCUAAUCAUCCACAUUGUAGUCAAGUUGUUGUGUGGAAUAGUUUAACAGCUGAUAAGAGAGUAAUUGCAGGUCGUAAUAUGGAUGGUGAAUGUGAUAUACGUCGUGUCACUGUAUCAACUACUGUAUUGUUUGCAGUGAAUAGUUCAGAUAAAUCUAAACAAUAUCGUUAUAUUAGUUUAAUGUGGCCUGGUAUGAUUGGGACGCUAUCAGGAGUAAAUGAAACCGGUUUAUAUUGUAUGGAAAAUGCUGGACACUCUCAAAUUGGUGGUCAAAUUAAAGGUUUAACGCCAGUUUCAUAUGUUGCUGCUCAUGUAUUACGAACAUUAAAUGCUCGUUUAGCUACUAUAACCGAAGUGAAAAAUGCUUUUGAAACAUUUGCAUCUGAUUUUAUACUUAACAAUGAUUCAAAAGUAUGGCCUACUAAGAGAGCUUUGAGUGAAUUGAAAGGUCCAAUUUGUGGUCCUGGAAGUGUGUUCGUAUUGACUACGAUGUCGAAUGAUGGAGGAAAUGCAUUUGUACUAGAAGGUGAUCGAUAUGGCGGACGUAUCAGAACAUCGAUGCAAGCAUUACCUUUCAUUCCUGAUUGCAUAAUAGCAACUAAUCAUUUUCAUUGUUAUGAUUCUACUUCCUCAUUACAUGAUAGAUAUCGUAAUUUUGACUCAUGUGUGAGCUUUAGUUCACUACAUCGAUAUGAAAGUAUGCGUCAUCGAUUGGAAAUGGAAUUUCGCUCAAAAUCGAAUGUUGUUCAUUUAAAUCGUGAGAGUAUCCGUUUAUUGCUACAAUCAGCAUGUGAAGGUCGAACUGAACAUGCAAUCGAAGUAGAACUUGAAACCAAUGGCAAUAUUACACUUCAUAUUCAUUUAGCAGCGUCCGAGUUUGGAUUUUGGUAUGCACCCUAUGAGCAUGCACGUACAAUUAAAUUCGAAGAAUUAUUCAUAUGA